UGGCAACAAUAGUGAAGAAAGUAGAGAUUAAGCAGGGAAUCAUUGAGAUGGUGAUGAUUGCGAUAAUCCUCUCCAUUAUGCCACAAUCGCAGUUCUAAUAUAAAAUCUAUAACGCUCAGAUCCCAUUUUUAAUAUCAAUUAUAUAAGCAUCAACGAUUUGCAGGCCACUUUGCCAGUGAGGAGCUUGUAAAGCUUAUGAAUCACCGCCUAAGCAGAUUAAAGUUGGAUGUCCACAAGAUUGCCGGUAUACAUACAUAUGUAUGCUUUGCUUAACCCACAAGUAGGGCAAUCAUGCAGUUACGCCCACUAACUAGGAGGCAAUCUUCCUAUCGACGAUACUUUCGGAAAGACUAAGACCUUUCUUGAACCAACUAAUUGGAUCUUCUCAAUGCCUUCGCUUCGAUAAAUUUACUUUCGAGCAGGUAUUCACCAAACCUUAACCCUUUGAAAAUCUGGAAAAAAGUUCAAGAAAGUAACCUCUGAGAAAAGGAUCAACAUGCACCAUCUCCUAAAAGAUUUUUAACUCGUUUUAAAAAACUAAAAAAAAUAUAUAUAUAUUUGGCGUUUACACAUUUAGCCAAGCUUCUUUCCCAAAUUUGUGGUACCCGUCUUGGUGUUGUGACACAAUUGAGGACCUACGAUUUGACGCCGAUUCUGAAAUGACUUUAUGAGAAGCUUUUUAAUGGCAGAAUAUACUCGGAGGCCGCCAAUAAAAACAACUUCUUUAUAUUGCUGAGACCAGGCAUUGAAUCAUGAACCUACCGAGUAGCAGUGCACAUCUCUAACUAUUUACUCAACUACGGCAGCUGUUGCUGUAAAAAAAUACGUUCGGAAACACCGCCAGUUCCGCAAAUGAGGUGUGGCUGCAUAUAUUGGGUGGAUAAGAUGUUAAAUAAAUCCUUUUAUCAUUUGGGCGUUUUAAUUGCUAAACAUCCUGGCUAUUUUAUUAUAAUACCGGUGCUGCUUACUAUGCUCUGCAUGACUGGCUAUCAACAAUUAAAAUACCAAAUUGAUCCCGAAUAUUUAUUUUCACCUGUCAAUGGAGAGGGCAAGGCUGAACGUGCUAUUGUUGAGAACUAUUUCAAGGUCAAUUACACACAUCGCUUCAAUGUUGGACGCAUAACGCGACCUGAAUGA